GGUCGCGUUGGAAGCGCUCCUGGUGGCGAUCCGGUAAAUCACUCUUUUUGAUUGAUCCGCCAUCUUAGUUGAUCCGCGUGUUAAAGUCACACAAAUAAAAUAAAACAAAAUGGAAAACGACGCUGGAGAUUUCGUUGACUUGUACUGCCCAAGGAAAUGCUCUGCUAGCAACAGAAUUAUCCACGCCAAGGACCAUGCUUCAAUCCAGUUGAGCAUCGCCGAAGUGGACCCCCAAACCGGCAGAAUGACCGAGAACUCCAAAAGUUAUGCACUCUGUGGAGCCAUCAGGCGUAUGGGAGAAUCAGAUGACUGCAUUGUUAGGUUGACCAAAAAAGACGGAGUUAUUGCUAAGAACUUUUAAGGAUUUAUUUCAUUAUGAAGAAUUAUGCAUGUAAAAUGUAUAUGGUUUUGUGAUAAAUAAAUCUUUUAUUUAUAAUAAA